AUGGAUAUAUCGUCAAAUCUGGAGAACGAUCAGAGAGAAGGCGCUCCAUCGGUGCUGCAGCAAAACGUCCGCCGGACCCAGAAAGCAUCUUUAGCAAGAAACCAGGAAGUCCCGUCAACAGACCUGGAUCUGGUGAGGGUUGGUGGGGUCAGUACAGGGGUCAGUACAGAGGUCAGUACAGAGGUCGGUACAGAGGUCAGUACAGAGGUCAGUACAGAGGUCAGUACAGAGGUCAGUACAGGGUUCAGUACAGAGGUCGGUACAGAGGUCGGUACAGAGGUCGGUACAGAGGUCGGUACAGGGGUCAGUACAGAGGUCAGUACAGAGGUCAGUACAGAGGUCAGUACAGAGGUCGGUACAGAGGUCGGUACAGGGGUCAGUACAGAGGUCAGUACAGAGGUCGGUACAGAGGUCGGUACAGGGGUCAGUACAGGGGUCAGUACAGGGGUCAGUACAGGGGUCAGUACAGGGGUCGGUACAGAGGUCAGUACAGAGGUCGGUACAGAGGUCAGUACAGGGGUCAGUACAGAGGUCAGUACAGGGGUCAGUACAGAGGUCGGUACAGAGGUCAGUACAGAGGUCGGUACAGAGGUCAGUACAGAGGUCGGUACAGAGGUCAGUACAGGGGUCAGUACAGAGGUCAGUACAGGGGUCAGUACAGAGGUCGGUACAGAGGUCGGUACAGGGGUCAGUACAGAGGUCAGUACAGGGGUCAGUACAGAGGUCGGUACAGAGGUCGGUACAGAGGUCGGUACAGAGGUCAGUACAGAGGUCGGUACAGAGGUCGGUACAGAGGUCAGUACAGAGGUCAGUACAGAGGUCAGUACAGAGGUCAGUACAGAGGUCAGUACAGAGGUCGGUACAGAGGUCGGUACAGAGGUCAGUACAGAGGUCAGUACAGAGGUCAGUACAGGGGUCAGUACAGAGGUCGGUACAGAGGUCAGUACAGGGGUCAGUACAGAGGUCAGUACAGGGGUCAGUACAGGGGUCAGUACAGAGGUUGGUACAGAGGUCGGUACAGAGGUCAGUACAGAGGUUGGUACAGAGGUUGGUACAGAGGUCGGUACAGAGGUCAGUACAGAGGUCGGUACAGAGGUCGGUACAGAGGUCAGUACAGAGGUCAGUACAGAGGUCAGUACAGAGGUCAGUACAGAGGUCGGUACAGAGGUCGGUACAGAGGUUGGUACAGAGGUCGGUACAGAGGUCGGUACAGAGGUCGGUACAGAGGUCGGUACAGAGGUCGGUACAGAGGUCAGGACAGAGGUCAGUACAGGGGUCAGUACAGGGGUCAGUACAGGGGUCAGUACAGGGGUCAGUACAGGGGUCAGUACAGAGGUCAAUACAGAGGUCGGUACAGAGGUCAGGACAGAGGUCAGUACAGGGGUCAGUACAGGGGUCAGUACAGGGGUCAGUACAGAGGUCAGUACAGGGGUCAGUACAGAGGUCAGUACAGUUGCACCUUGGAGGCCUCGGUCAGGAUGA